GGUGUUGGGCUGGGCUGGGCUGGGCUGGGCUGAAAUUAUCUAUCUGUCUAUCGGGGCCCUUCGUUGGGAGUGAGUGAGUGAGGGAGAUGAGCAAGUGAGCUUGGCACCUCGGCAGGCAGGGCACAGCGAUGGACUGAUUCAUCGGCCUCAUCAUUGAUUGAAUGCUACUGCUCAUCGAUCCCCCCCUCUCCCCACCAGCACCAGCACCUCCGCCCUUUCCCUUUGGGCGCACCGUCGCCACGAGUUGGAAGGAAGUUUUUGUUUUUUUAUUUUUUAUUUUUUUUAUAAUUUAUUUCGCGUGGGGUUUGAGGGAGCUUUGAAAUCGGAAGAAUUUGGAGGUUGGGUUGAUCAGGCAGUAGUAGUAGUAGUGGUAGUAGUACCGGAGUGGAGAGGGUUUGCGACGCGGAGCGCCAUAGCCGAGCUCGGCUGAGCAGCUAUGGAUCUGAAGAAGGUGUUCGAUCAGACUGUCCGCGAGCUGAAGCGGGAGGUCAACAAGAAGGUGCUUAAGGUUCCCGAGAUUGAAGUGAAGAUACUGGAGGCGACCAGUAACGAGCCAUGGGGUCCGCACGGAACGAUAAUGGGUGACAUUGCACAGGCUACUCGGAACCACAACGACUACCAAAUGAUAAUGACCGUCCUUUACAAACGCUUGAAUGACACUGGGAGGAAUUGGCGCCAUGUCUACAAGGCUUUGACGGUUUUGGAGUAUUUGGUUGCAAACGGCUCUGAGAGGGUCAUUGAUGAACUUCAAGAGCAUACUUAUCAGAUUCAGACGUUGUGUGAAUUUCAGUACUUAGAGCAAAGUGGCAAGGAUCAGGGAAUCAAUGUACGGAAGAAGGCACAAACUUUGGUUGCCUUAAUCAAGGAUAAAGAUAAGAUUCGUGAAGUGAGAAGCAAGGCAGCAGCCAACCGAGACAAAUAUCGUGGCGUCUCCAGCACUGGAAUGACACAUCGUUCUAGUUCCUAUUCAAGCACCGGAGGAGGUUAUGGUGAUAGGGACGAUGACCGGUAUGGAGGAAGCCGUGGAGGAAGAGAUGAAUAUGAUUACAGUGGGAGAGGCGGCGGCCGAGAUGCUGAUCGGUACAGGGAUGAUGAUCCUUACGGAGGAGGUAGAGAGCGAAGCAGGAAUAGUAGUUACGAUGGUCGUGAUGCAUCUAAGGAACGUGAUGCUUAUGGAUCGAAGGGAAAUGACAGUUAUCCGUCAAAAGGAGGUGAUCGAGAUGGUUAUGCCUCAAAGGGAGGUGAUCGUUAUGAGAAGUACGAGAGUGGAUCUGUAAGUGACCGCGACCGUGAUAGAGGGUACGAUGACGACGACAGUUAUUCUUCCAGCAGGAAUGGCAAGUCCAAAGGUGGAUCCACGCCACCUCCUGCCUACGAAGAAGCGGUUCAGAGGCCUGCUGCCGAUGAAGAUAGCAAUGAUAGUCGACGUGUAGCCGCACCUGUGGCCAAAACUCAAACCAGCAAGGUAGAGGCUCCUGUCAGUGCAGCACCAGAGACUGUAUCUCAACCUAGUGCAGGUGGCUCAUAUGUUGCUAGUCAAACCGCAGACGACGGUUUUGAUGAUUUUGAUCCUCGCGGAUCGGGCUUCUCAGCUUCUGCCUCUGCACCAAGUCAGCCAACUGAGAAUUUCUUCCCGGAAUCAACAACUAAUUUAUUUCCAGAACCAGCUCCUGCUCCCAUUGCACAGGCUCCACCGCCUCCACCGCCUCCAGCGGUGCAGAAAAGCUUAGGUGGACUUGAGGAUCUCUUUGGUGAUAGUUUUAUUCCAGCUCCAGCUCCUGUUUCAGCUCCUGCUCCUGCUCCUGCAUUUGCCCCCGCUGCUGCUUCCACUCCUGCCAAUAACCUCUCGAAUCAUCAGGUGCAAACGAAUGAUUUAUUUGGAGAUUCAUUUUCAGCAACUCCGUCUACUGCAUCUGAUGGGUUUGAGGUUUCAGCUUUCCAAGCCACUCCCGGUCCUUCACCUUUUCAAACGGCUUCUUCUACUGCCCCUGCAGCGUCAGACCCCUUUGGCAGCUCGUCCUUCCAUUUGGCUCCUCCACCUCCACCACCUGUCGCUUAUCAGCCCCCAACUGCUCCUCCAAGCAACUUUGGUGGUAACUCCAUGCAUGGUUUUGGUGCACCAGGAGUGUCCAAUGGCACUGGUACGAAUGGAACUACCUUCGGGCAGUCACCAACUCCAUUUGAUACAGCUGCUCACAACACUGGAUUCUCCCAGGCAUCUGGGCUAGGAUAUGGAAACAAUCAGGGUUUUCCUCGUCAGCAGUCUUUCAGCGGCAUGCCUCAAGCGUCCAGCGCAAAUCAAUCCCCUUACGGAGUACAGCAGAACAUGGGCGGCUUGCAUAGAUCCGCUUCAGCGCCACACGAAUUGCAUCAACCACAACCACAACCACCAAGACCACAGCAACCAGCGAGGAAAGAGUUCGGACCAGUGAAGUCCGCCAUUUGGGGAGACACGCUCAGCAUGGGACUUGUUGAUCUUAACAUUGCUGGACCUAAAGUGAAUCCUCUCAACGACCUUGGGAUCCAGUUGACGGACCCUACGCUAAAGAACGAGCUAUGGGGUGCUGACAAUCCGAAACAGGCUCAGAAGAAGCCCACUUCAUCCUCAGGAAUGGGUCAGCCUAUGGGUGCGGCAAUGGGCAAGGCAAUGGGAUCCGGUUCUGGCCUUGGCAGAGCAGGUGCCAGUGGACUCCCUCCUCCCAUGCCGGCACCCUCGACGAUGGGGCCGGGCAUGGGUGUGGGCAUGCGUCCUCAGAUGGUUGGCGGCAUGAACUUCAACAUGGGUAUGGGUUUGAACCCAAAUAUGGGAAUUUCUCCUGGAAUGGGCAUGGGCAUGGGUGUAGGCAUGGGUCCUCAGAUGGGAAUAGGUAUGAACCAGAUGGGGCAGAACUUUCAAAUGGGUAUGGGAGGCUACCCCAACCAGCAACAACAGUUCGGCUACAGAUAGAUAGAGAGAGGAUUUGUAAAUCAUUAAGGAUUCUUUUUUUCUAGUCUUAUGUUGUAUCUCAGGCAGUAGCUUCAAUGGUGUGAGUGAGAGAGUGAUUACCACAGCUGGUUAGCGGGCUGAUGGUUAGUGUAGCUAGAUUAAACCGCCUGACAGGGGCCAUUCUUCAUUGCAAGGUGUCUUCAGAGCAACACUCGUCUUCUGUUGUCAAAAUAAGUUGUUCCGGUAAGGCCAACUUCCGAUUCCAUAAGCCAUUGCGAUGGAGAUGUUCUGUUUUUUUGUGUCUAGAAAGCCACAGACCCAUACAGUGGCCUUUCUACAUCUUUCCCUUAAGAUUGUUUUUAUAUAUAUCAAUAAACUUUCUGUACCUUGUACAUUGUGUUGUACUUGACCUUUA